UUUGUAUUUUGGUGGCAGCAGCAGGCAGCAGGCGGCCAGCAGGCAGCAGGCAGCAGGCAGCAGGCAGCAGCAACCCGUGGAGGCAAGUCCAAGAAAGGUGGAGACUCCUGGUUAACUUCCUGCACAAUAAUCUUGAAGCACCACCAAGAGAGAACUCGGGAGGCUGCUGCUGCUGCUGCCGCUGCUGGGGCAAGGGCGAAUGGAUAUACGGCCCACUUCACUUCUUUUUCGGCGGUGAAUCGACAAAAACAACCCGAAAAAAAAGGAAGGAAAAAAAACAACAACAACACAACAACAGUUUGCGGUUGAUUAUACGCGUCUACCUGGCUAGCAGCUAGCUAACGGUGAAGCUGCUGGAUAAGAGAUUCCCAGCGUUUGAUAGCGAGGCGGUGCGAAGGACGGGAAUGGAGGUCAUAGUGGAGUACGAGUACGACGCGCUCCAUGAUGACGAGCUGACCCUGCGGCUGGGCGACAUCAUCAAGAACGUGCGGUACAUAGAGGAGGAUGGCUGGAUGGAGGGAGACCUCAACGGGAAAAGGGGCCUCUUCCCCGACAACUUUGUUAAGGAAUUGAAGAAGGAAUCUAAAGAGGUCAAGGAAACAAAGAAUGAGCCAAAAGAGGAGACCUCUCAGCCUCUGAGGAGAGAGAAGAGCGCAGGGAACGUGGCCAACCUGGUUCAGAGGAUGAGCACCAUCGGCAUCCCAACCGGCGGCUUCCAGCCUCAGCCACCAGCAGCUGCAAAGAAGCCUAAGAGGAGACAGUGCAAGGUGCUGUUUGACUAUCAGCCAGUGAACGAAGACGAGCUGGAGCUGAAGAUCGGAGAAACCAUCGACAUCAUCGAAGAGGUGGAGGAGGGCUGGUGGAGCGGCAGCUUCAACGGCAAGUCAGGACUGUUUCCCUCCAACUUCGUCAAAGAGCUGGAUGCCGCAGGAGAGGACGCAGAGCCCAACGACACGGCAGCAGACGAGACCGAUGGAAGUGGAAUGGAAAGCGCUGCCACCCCCACAUCGCCUCAACCUGCCUCAGGGAACGGAGUUAUUGCUCAGCCCAAGAAGAUCCGAGGCGUCGGCUUCGGAGACAUUUUCAGAGAAGGGUCGGUGAAGCUAAAGGUUCGACUGCCAAGCCCUGAAACAGAGGAAAAGAAGGAGAGACCAAUCCCAUCAUUACCAUCUGCUGCAAAGCCCGCCCAUCCCAACAUGACAGAGUCGCAGAGAGCUGACGGGGACGGCAAAUCCAAAGCAAAAGAGUACUGCAAGGUCACGUUCAUGUUUGAGGCUACGAAUGAGGACGAGCUGACCAUCAAAGAGGGCGAUGUCCUCCACGUCCUGAGCAAGGACACAGGAGAGCCCGGCUGGUGGCGAGGGGAGAUCGGGGGCAGAGAGGGUGUCUUCCCCGACAACUUUGUCACCAUGCUGUCUGAAGCAGAGAAAGAGACUCCCACGUCGAGAGGGUCAGUGAAAUCAUCGCCUAAGCAGGACUCUGAGGAGAAGCCGAAGAAGCCACCUCCACCAUCAAAAAGCAUAGCUCUCAAGCCGGACGCGAGUGCCGACAAGAAGCCUCAUCCCAUCAGGCCAGAGGACAGAGUUGACAGGCCUACGCCAGAUCACAAACCAUCCAAGCCUGCAGCGCCGGUGGUCCCUCCCAAGAAGCCGGUCCCCCCUCCUGGAAAAGGCAGACCCGGAAGCCUCCCGCCAAAGAGGCCAGACAAGCCUCUCGCUCCCUCACCAAACCUCAAGCACAAUGGAGAGGUGCCUUCCACGCGACCAAAGUCCGACUUCGAGCCAGUAUUGCCCACCAAACCCAAAACCCUGUCUGGGGACUGGGGGGAGAAGUCCUCGGAUAUGGAUCUGAUGAGUUUUGAUGACUUGUCGUCUACCUCGGAGAAGCUCUCUCACCCCACAGUUAACAGACCAAAGAUGCCUGGCAGGAGGCUGCCUGCCCAGUUUGGUGGAGGACAGUCGCCCAAUAAGGAAGUGAACGUGGAGAAAUCUUUCAAGAUCGACGAAGAGGAUGCAGCCAAACCAAAGCUAACAGAAACCAGAAAGCCUUCCGCAAACAGAUCCCAGUCACCGUUACUCAAUAGGCCCGCCGCCAGCACCGAGACCAAGCCGAGCCCCGCCGCAGGCCCAAGCUCAGACGUCGCAUCGCUGGGCAUCAGGGCCAGGCUGGAGUCGGAAGAGCUGGAGGAGCUGAGGAAUCAGAUGAAGGAGCUGCUGCUGUCCGUGGAGCUCCUCAAGUCCCAGCAAAUGAAAGAGAUAGCAGAGCUACGAGGAGAGCUGGAUGAGGAGAGGCUAAAGCGCGUAGCCCUGCAGAGGGAGAUAGAAAAACUAAAGCAGACCGUCCACUCGACGUGAAGCCCGAGCUCCAAUCAACAGCAAGCCUCAAGGUCAGCUGCUGGCCUGUCGACCAACCAGAGUGCAGGAGGGCGGCGGCGGGCGGAUGGAAUGGAAUGGAGGGAGAGAGAGAGGGUGGGGAAUGAGAUGAACCACCUCGAGUACAAUCCUUUUCCAGUGAUCUACGAAAAUAAACUCUCCCCACAUUUGUAAGAUUUAAAUUUUGCACAUAUAAUUUUUUUUCCCAAGUUAGAUGUAAUUAAGUUACAGAUGUAUAUGUUUCUCUUUAUUUCUUUUUUUUUUUAUUUUGCCAACACGAAAAAAAACUGAGGCCUUACUUCGAACUACUGUGCUGGACAACUCUGCCGCUCACGCUCUCUCCCCUUCACUCCGGCGUUCCUCGAACCCCUCGGGGAGGAGGUCCGCUCUCAGUACUACUGACUUUGUAUAAAGCAGGGGGCGCUUGUUUUCCUCGCCUGAUUUUUCUUUCUCAUAUUUUUUUAUGAUGCACAAAUUUUAAAAAAGAUAAGAAAAUGUUUGAUUUCAGUUAACAUAUUUUGAUCCUCACGGCGAAUGAUUUUCCUUUUUCCUACACGGCGCCUGUCAGCAGUACUCCACUCCAUAGCUGCAGCGCUUCAGAGAGAGCUCUUCUUUCAUUUUUCUUUGUCUUUUAUAUGGUUUCUAGCAUUCCUAUCCAGGGUAACACUACUGUGCCUGUUAAAAAACAAAAUUAUAUUAAGUGUUUGUAAUGGGAGCUUACAUAUACCAUGAUGGUGUCUGGAAAUUUUGCAGCAUGAUAUUGUAUAUCUAUAUUUUUUAAGUCUACUGACAUGCCUAGUCAAAUACUAUAUAGAGGGCCUCUUCUAUGCUGGUCUCUUCUAUUUUUGUCAAACUGUUUCACCCACUGGGAAUGUUCCCAGAGGUUUAGCUAGUCUGCAGGUAAUGUAGACAGAAUCCACAUGCAAAAAAAAAAACCACCUCUAAAGAGAAGAAGAGGAAGAGAGAGGAAAAGAGACUGCAUUCUUUGAUUUACAGAGUUCCUGACCAACACAUUGCCAUCAAAAAAGCAGCCUCAUUAUAAUCGUCUCUGCAACCUGCUUUUACUUUCUUGGAUUUAAUCAGGCCGCCAUCCCUCUAAUCCCUGUCGCAGCCCGUUCUUCUUCUCCUUCCACCCAUCCCUCUUUGAUUCAAAGUGAAUCAUAUGAUCUGAGAGGGGACUUGUCUUACCGCUCUGUAAAGUGUUACGCAUGAGCCUGCACAGCACUCAUCAGUUGUCCUGUCCUUAUCGUAUGUGUUUGUGUGCGUGUCUCUCUACUUAUCUUCCCACAUUCCAAGUACACGAGUUAAACAAACUGGAAGCGCACAGUACAAAGCAGCAGUAAUAACGAGAUUAACUCACAUUCUCCUUGUUCUAACUCGGUUUGAGGAGCAAAGAGUUAAAACCCCCUAUGUGUAGAGUUUUAAUGUUUGUGUAAGCUGAUAUAGUACCAAAUGAAUGAAAAAUCUCUUGGUGGAAAUAUUUGUAUGUUCUGGUGCAGUCUGUCUGCCACUACAGCGUCAGAGCUCUAGAGACGACCAUAACUAUCUGUCAGUUGAGGUGUCCAUCCACCCCUACAGUCCAGGCUGAAACAUGCUGAUAAAUAUCGCAUGGAUCGCCAAUACAUUUUGUGCGCACAUUUAAGGACCAGUGUGUAGGAAUAAGUGGCAUCAGGUGCUGUAGUGGUAGAUUGCAACACCCUUGCUUCACCCUCUCCUUCCAAGAACAAAAGAACAAGAACCUUUCUGCUAAUAGAUCCCAGAGGAUGAAUCCUAAUCCUAAUGAUGUUGGUGAUCCCCUGAUUGUUCAUGUAACAGCACCAACAGGUCAAAGUUUUCAAUUAUCCAGUGAAAUAGCUCAAUUUCUAAAAGAUGCAUUGACAACAGUAACUUACUUUCAUCUCUGACCAUGCGCAGCUGGGUAACCUCACCCAACAAUGAUGUCACAGUGUACUGGGUCACCCUGGAUUACACUUCUACAUCACGGCAGCAAAGUGAUUUUCAGCUGGUAUGAGGAACUCUUAUCGGUGCAAUACUUAAACCUGCAAAACUAAUGACAUUCCAACCUCAGCUCUACUUAUUGGUAAUUGACAAAUGUUAGCAUGCUAAUAUGCUAAACUAAGUAGGUGAACAUUAUACCCGCUUAACAUCAGCAUGUGAGCAUUAUUGCCUGAUCAAAGCUGAUCCAGUUUUUAAAAAUCCAGUAACAUAUCGGCCAACACAUUGACCUAGAUAAACUCUGUCGGACAUUUUACAAAUAAACUUGUAAGUGCUCUCUACAAAACACAAAAAUGCGUCAUGCGGUUUCAAAACAUUUGUUGUUGCAUGUUAAGCAUUUAGCUCAACAAAGUACAGCCUCAUAGAGCUGUAAGCAUGGCUGACUCUUGGUCUUGUUCGAUACUACAACUAGGAGUCGCCAACAGUUAAAAUCCUACACAUAGGGGCUUUAGCUCAUGAACAGAAAAAGAAAUGGGUUGCUUACUGACGGUCCUUAUUUUUUCUUCUCAAAAGCAUUUUCAACAGCACAGAACUGCUGCUGCCCUUCCGGAUGCUAAUCUGUUUUUUUAUUUUUUUUAAUACCUGGAACUGAAUUCUUAGCACUGCUAGCAUGCUCAAGGGCUACAGAAAUAUGCAGCACAGCGUAAGUUGAACUAAUGCAUUGUAGGAUGUGAAUCACCUUCAGUCCGCCUGCAGCCCUGAGUUCUGAAUGUCAAGAAUGUGCUUCUGUGCUGAUGAACAGCUUAUCUCCAUGCUGAGACACUUUUUUGAGGAGACCAGUACAGUACCAAGUGGAACCCCUCUGGCUUUUAUACGGGGUUAGAGGAACGUUUCAGCCCUCAGUAUUGGUCAUAAUAUUUAAAGCAGGUUUCACUUCCAAAUCAAAUGUUGUAUAACUGUCUCACAUCUACUACUGUGUACCACAAAUACAAGUGCUGGUUACCGUUCUUCCCUGUUUUUUUAAUUUUAAAUAUCUUUAUACAUAUCUCACAAUUGUCUUAAACAAGUGUUACUUCGCUUUUAAAUCCUCCUCAGGCUUUGUUGCAUGUGUUCGAUGUGUGCGUGCAUGCUUUUGCUGGUGUCUGCUGGCAAACAUUCAAGUGCAACAGCGUACACAAUGUAAAAUUCUGGGCUCCAGAGUGCUUUGACCAAGUUGAUACUAUAUAUCUGACCUUAAUGAGCAUGGCACUCAUGCAAUAUGUUGAUGCCUAACAUAAAACAGACUUCCUUUUAGCACAGCAGCUCUUUAACAAUACUGGGCGAUGAAAUAAUCACAUCGUGGGAAAGGGGGGCUGGGGUGGGGUGGGUGGGGCCACAGCUCUUCAUGUAAUAUCUGUAAUGCGGCUUAACUUCCACAUAUUGUACAUUCCAGAGUUUGACACCAAGAAGAAAUCUGUGCACAUUUAUAACAUAUUUUCAAGUGAUUUUGUUUACAAGAGCUGUAUCCUUGCAUGAGCUGAGAUUCUUCUCAAAAAUGAAUAAAUAUCAUCUUUAUUUACUGUCA